AUGGCUGCUGAACAGAGACUUGUUUUGGAACAGCUUUUUGGAAGGGACAACCUUUAUAAUCUUCCGAGUCAAUCAUCAUACAGACCAUCAAGAAGCCAACCACUUAACCUAUUUGAUAACAGAAUUUGCAAAUCUUUCCUAGUGGGCACCUGUCCCCAUGAUCUAUUUUCAGGAACCAAAGAAGAUAUGGGUCGGUGCAAAAGAAUCCAUUUGGAAAAAUACAAAAUACAAUAUGAAUCAGAGAAACGAAACUAUGAAAAGCGUUUGGAGGCCAGUGGCGGAAAGUUGAGUGAAGAUGACAAGAGAAUUCAACGAAUGGUUGAGGAAUUCGAGUACGAUUAUAUGCAAGAUUUGGAAUACCAUAUCAAUGAAGUGGCCCACAAGAUUGUGGUUGCCGAAGACAACCUUCGCCAUACUCCGGAAGAGCAACAGAAAAUCGAUAAGAUCACAAAAGAUCUUGAUAAUAUGGAUAUUAGAAUUGGGUUGGUGACCCAGGAAGUAGACCUACUCACGAAGAAGGGACAAUUGGUGAAAGCCUUGAUCGAAUCCAACAAAUUGAACGAAUUAUUGGAGCAGCGGAAUAAGUUUAGUAAAUCGGUAAGAGAAAUCACAGACAAGAUUGGUCAGGCGAACCAACAGAAAUUAGAAGUGUGCUCGGUUUGCGGUGCGUAUCUUUCACGAUUAGAUAGUGAUAGGAGACUUGCUGAUCACUUUACUGGGAAGAUUCAUUUGGGUUAUGUGACGAUGAGAAGUGAAUUGAGUGUAUUGAGGAAAAAAAGAGCUGCCAUUACCAAGAAAUAA